UCGUGCGGCGCAGUUGAUCGCUCGAGCGGUCUGAACAAUGAGUAACCGAGAGGAUGAUGUGAAUCUGGACGAAUGAGUGAUUUAACAUCAGCACUGCACAUCGCACUGUUUUGUACGCUUUUCCCCCUCAGCAGACCCCAUGAAUAUGUGGAUUCCCACGGAACACGAGAAAUACGGAGUCGUGCUGGCCAGUUUUCGAGGAACGGUGCAGCAUGGCUUGCCUCUGGAGAUCGGUGACACGGUGCAGAUCCUGGAGAAAUGGGAAGGUUGGUACAGAGGAUUCGUCCUCAAGAACCCGAAUUCUAAGGGCAUUUUCCCAUGCAGCUACAUCCAUCUGAAGAAUGCUCAUAUCAAGAAUAAAGGGCAGUUUGAGAUGGUAGUGCCGACCGAAGACUCUGUCAUUACGGAGAUGACGUCCACCCUGAGGGACUGGGGUGCCAUGUGGAAGCAGCUCUUUGUGAAAAAUGAAGGAGAUCUGUUUCACAGACUGUGGCACGUGAUGAAUGAGAUUUUGGACCUCAGACGGCAGGUACUGGUGGGUCACCUGACCCACGACCGCAUGAGGGACGUCAAACAGCACAUCACAGCACGUCUGGACUGGGGCAAUGAGCAGCUGGGUUUGGACUUGGUACCCAGGAGGGAGUUCAGCAUGGUGGACCCAGAUGAAAUCAGCAUCACCGAGCUCUACCGACUGAUGGAGAAUCGGCAACGGAAGAAGGAAACUCCGACUCCUGUCAGCACACAUCACCUGUUUGUCCAUCUGAAGAGUCUGAUGAGCUCAAACCUGGGUGAAGAGCUGGAGGUCUUCUUCUUCAUCUAUGAUAGUCGAGAGAACAAACCGCUCAGUGAAAGGUUCUUUGUUAAACUCAAUAAAAACGGUCUGCCCAAGUUUCCAGAGAAGACCGAAAGACAAUGCACGCUAUUUGUGGAUCUGGGCAGCGGCGACCUGAGAAAAGAUGUGUAUAUUGUCGUGCACAUCAUUAGGAUUGGGAGGAUGGGUGCAGGAGAGAAGAAGAACACGUGUAAUGUGCAGUACAGACGUCCUUUCGGCUGUACUGUAUUCAGCAUCGCUGAUCUUCUCACUGCUGACUCUAAAGAUGACCUCCUGCUGAAGGUCUAUGCUUGCAACACAGAAAGCGACUGGAGUCAGAUACACGACAACAUCAUUAAGAAAGUCAACUCCAGAUACAAUCUCUCAGGCUCCAACACAGGUCUGGCGGUGGCGCUUCAGCUACUACACGGCGACAUCGAACAGCUGCGGAGAGAAUACAUGGUGCUUUUUACCAGAGGGGUGUCCAUCACCAAAAAACUGGGCUUCUCUGAUGUCAUCAUGCCAGGUGAGAUGAGAAAUGAUCUGUACAUAACGUUGGAGAAGGGCGAGUUCGAGAAGGGAGGGAAGAGUGUGGCGAGGAACGUUGAAGUCACCGUCUACGCGCUGGACGCCGAUGGACAGAUCCUCAAGGGCUUUGUGGCUGUGGGCUCAGGCGAGCCGGGCGGAGACGAGUAUCACACCUUCGUGCUUUACCACAACAACAGUCCGCGGUGGGCGGAGCUAAUCAAGCUGCCCAUCCCUGUCGACAUCUUCCGGGGCUCUCAUGUCCGCUUCGAGUUCCGUCACUGUUCCACAAAAGAGAAGGGGGAAAAGAAGCUGUUUGGCUUCUCAUUCGUUCCUCUAAUGCAGGAAGACGGGCGGACUCUGCCCGACGGCACCCACGAGCUCAUCGUUCAUAAGUGUGAAGAGAACGCUAACCUGCAAGACUGUGCUCGCUACCUCAAGCUGCCCUUCUCUAAAUCAGAUCUGCCCGGCAACAACCAAACUAUGAAAGGCACUAAGGAAUCCCUAUGGAUCACAUCAUUCCUCUGUUCUACCAAACUCACUCAGAACGGUGACAUGCUGGACUUACUGAAGUGGAGAGCUCAUCCGGAGAGAAUCAGCGACAGCCUGUCUAAACUCAAAGAGAUCGAUGGCUCAGAAAUAGUUAAGUUUUUACAGGAUACACUGGACACGCUUUUCGGCAUUUUGGACGAGAGCUCUCAGAAAUAUGCACUCAAGGUGUUUGAUUGUCUGGUGCACAUUAUAAACUUGCUCCAGGACAGCAAGUUUCAACAUUUUAAACCAGUCAUGGACACCUACAUUGAAAGCCACUUUGCAGGAGCUCUGUCAUACAGGGAUCUGAUCAAGGUGCUGAAGUGGUACGUGGACCGCAUUAUCGAAGCGGACCGUCAGGAACACAUCCAACAGGUGCUAAUGGCGACGGAGUAUAUUUUUAAAUAUAUUAUCCAGUCGCGACGGCUGUUUGCGCUCGCCACGGGCGGACAGAACGAGGAGGAGUUCCGCUGCUGCAUGCACGAGCUUUUCAUGUCCAUCCGCUUUUUCCUCUCGCAGGAGAACAAGGGCUCACGGCCCAUCACACAGACACAGGCAGUGUUUCUGCAGUCGUUCCCGGCUGUGUACGGGGAGUUGCUGAAGCUCUUCACACUCAGGGAAGUGGCCACAUUUAUACGGGAGACAUUGGGCAGCCUCCCCACCGCGUCCCAGGCCGACUGCCCCCUGGAGGCCGUCAAGCUGCACUGCAUUGCCAAAACUGUAGAGAGCCAGCUCUACACAAACCCUGAGUCUAGAUGUAUCCUGCUCCCGGUGGUGCUGCGUCUGCUCCAGGCUCACAUGCAGGAUCAGCGCGAUCUCAUCAUGUGCGCUAACAUACUCACCUGCAUGAUGUCUCUCCUCAAGAAGGACGACACGGAGCCAGCCGCAUCUGAAGAGGUGGAUCUGAUCGUGCAGAGUAUUUUGGGUGUGUUACUGCGGACCAUAUUAGAAAUCGCUAACCGGCCACAACCAGCAGGGCAUACGCUACGGCCGCAAGUUCAGGACGUUACGGGCGAGUUUGUGUCGUGUCUCUUGGCUCUGUUGAGGCAUAUGAAGGACAGACACUACCAGCAGCUCCUGCAGAGCUUCACCAGUAAAGACGAGCUGCGGGACUUUCUCUUGCACAUCUUCACUGUGUUUCGGAUCCUGAUAAGACCAGAGAUGUUCCCCAAAGACUGGACGGUCAUGCGGCUCGUCACUAACAACAUCAUCAUCACCACGGUGCUCUACCUGUCAGACGCUUUAAGAAAAAACUUCCUUAAUGACAAGUUUGACUAUAAGGUGUGGGAUUCCUACUUCUGCCUGUCUGUUAUAUUCAUCAACCAGCCCUGCCUUCAGCUCGAGACCUUCUCUGCGUCGAAGAGGAAGAAAAUACUGGAGAAGUACGGAGACAUGCGUGUCAUGAUGGGAUGUGAGAUCUUUAGCAUGUGGCAGAAUUUAGGAGAGCACAAGCUGAACUUCAUCCCAGCGAUGAUCGGCCCGUUCCUGGAGGUGACGCUGGUGCCUCAGCCGGACCUGAGGAACGUGAUGAUCCCCAUCUUUCACGACAUGAUGGACUGGGAGCAGCGCCGGAGCGGUAACUUCAAACAGGUGGAGGCUAAACUUAUCGACAAGCUGGACAGCCUGUUGUCAGAGGGGAAAGGAGAUGAAACGUACAGAGAGCUCUUCAACAGCAUAAUUCCUCUGUUUGGUCCGUAUCCUAGUCUGUUGAAGAAGAUUGAGAGAGAGACGUGGAGAGAGAGCGGGAUAUCUCUUAUAGCCACGGUCACGCGGCUGAUGGAGCGACUGCUGGACUACAGAGACUGUAUGAAGUUGGGGGAAGUGGAUGGAAAAAAGAUUGGCUGUACAGUCAGUCUGCUGAACUUCUACAAAACAGAGCUGAAUAAAGAGGAAAUGUACAUCCGCUACAUUCACAAGCUGUAUGACCUGCAUCUGAAAGCGCAGAAUUACACAGAGGCCUCAUAUACACUUCUGCUGUACGACGAGCUGCUGGAAUGGUCCGAGAGACCCCUGCGGGAGUUUCUGAGUUACCCGAUGCAGAGCGAGUGGCAGAGGAAGGAGUAUCUGCACCUCACCAUCAUCCAGAACUUUGACCGCGGAAAGUGUUGGGAGAAUGGCAUCAUCCUGUGCAGAGAGUUAGCGGACCAGUACGAAUCCUACUAUGAUUACAGAAACCUCAGCAAAAUGAGGAUGAUGGAGGCUUCGUUUUAUGAUAAAAUAAUGGACCAACAGCGUCUGGAGCCAGAGUUCUUUAGAGUUGGCUUCUACGGCAAGAAGUUCCCCUUCUUUCUACGGAAUAAGGAGUUUGUGUGCCGUGGUCAUGACUACGAGCGUCUGGAGGCGUUCCAGCAGCGCAUGCUCAAUGAGUUCCCUCAUGCCAUCGCCAUGCAACACGCCAACCAGCCUGACCAGACCAUCUACCAGGCUGAAGCCCAAUAUCUGCAGAUUUAUGCUGUCACACCAAUCCCAGAUAGCCAGGACGUCCUGCAGCGUGAUGGCGUCCCCGACAACAUCAAGAGCUUCUAUAAGGUCAACCAUAUCUGGAGGUUUCGCUACGACCGUCCGUUUCACAAGGGCACCAAAGACAAAGAAAACGAGUUUAAGAGCUUGUGGGUAGAAAGAACAACGUUAACGCUUGUUCAGAGUCUCCCGGGCAUCUCACGCUGGUUUGAAGUGGAGAGGAGAGAGCUGGUGGAGGUGAGUCCUCUGGAGAACGCUAUCGAGGUCAUCGAGAACAAGAACAUGCAAUUGCGGACGUUGAUCACGCAGUGUCAAACCCGGCAGAUGCAGAACAUCAACCCCUUGACCAUGUGUCUCAAUGGAGUCAUCGACGCCGCUGUCAACGGAGGACUCGCUCGCUAUCAGGAGGCGUUCUUCGUGAAGGACUACAUCAUGAAUCACCCCGAGGACGGAGACAAAAUCGGCCGUCUGCGAGAGCUCAUGUUUGAGCAGGCUCAAAUCCUGGAGUUUGGUUUGACGGUACAUGAGAAGUUCGUUCCUCAGGACAUGCGGCCUCUCCACAAGAAACUGGUGGAUCAGUUUCAUCUCAUGAAAUCCAGCCUCGGCAUACAGGAGUUCCCAGCCAAUGUGCGAGCCAGUCCGAUCCACUUCACCAACGGAAGCCCUCGAGCUGGAAGAAACUCCGUGCCCAACAUAAUGAGUCCAGAGGGAGGAGCGCGCGUGGUGUCACGCCGCAGUCCCCUCAGCUACCCAGCAAUCAAACGCUACUCUUCAUCCUCGCUGUCGUCGCAGGCCUCCAAUGAAGUGAGCAACAUCACGGGCCAAUCAGAGAGCUCGGAUGAAGUCUUCAACAUGCAGCCAAGUCCAUCUACCUCAAGUCUCAGUUCCAAUCACUCCGCCUCUCCCAACGUGACCAGCUCGGCUCCGUCCAGUGCCAGAGGUUCUCCACAGCUGUCAGAUAAACGCAAGCUUUCCCGAGAGAACUGCCUCUCGCCGCGAGAGAGACCCUGCAGCGCCAUAUAUCCAAACCCCCUGGAUCCCGCACAGAGGCCGGUUCCACACCCAGCGGGCGACGCUUCCUUGCCUCGCAGUAACCCCAACAUCUCCACCCCCGAUAAAGUGGUGAGGCCUGCACCAAGUAGCUGGAGUCUAGACACGUCACUCUCUGAUUUUAAUGGAAAGUGUCCCCCUGUCCCUCCUAGACCACUAUACUCAGGAUCUCCUGCCAAGACUACACGAUCACAGUCCCCCGUGAUGACAUUAUGCUCACCGCAGAAGACCUCUGUGCCUCCGUUCACCCCCUCACCCACAGAGUGCCAGUCGACAGGGUUGGUGUCGAAUUCUCCGGUGCUUUCUGGAAGCUACAGCAGUGGUAUCUCAUCUCUCAGUCGCUGCAGCGUUUCGGAGGCCUCCGGAACAGAAAACACACCUGCUGACCACGCCCUCCCAAACUCCGCCUCAAGCGGAUCGGACGAGCUUAUUCGGCGGGAAAACAAGACCCCGCCUCCUUACAGCAUGCACGAGCGGAACAACCCGCGCAGACAGGUCCCGCUUCCACCGAGCCUUUCAAUUCCUCCAAGCAUCGACGCACCUCCUAUUCCACCCAAACCGCACCAGAUUCGAAGGCAAGACACUGAGCCACGCCGGCCUGACCAGUUUCCCAGACCCCGGCCCAUUCCCAGGAAAGUCUCCCAGCUCUAACGCUGUGCCCUUCACUCCUACCCCACCAUUAGCACUUUUACACUUAACCUCUCUGAGUUUACAAAAACAAACUCCCAAUUUUGAUUUAAUGUAUAAAGUAGACUGGAAUAUUUUUAAUAUAUAUAUAUAUAUAUAUAUAUUUAGAGUGAGAGAGGGGAUACAGGGGUAUGACUGCAUUUUAUGCACUUUUUAGGUCAGAAAUUAUAAUUUUGCUUGUCAAAUUACCCAAGCUACUGAAUUAAUUCUAAAUGGAGCUUGGUACCAUGGUAUUUUCUCAGAUUUUUCAUCAUUUAUCAAUGCUAAUGUGUAUUUAUAGUGGUUGAUACAAGACAUGUUUGCCUUAAGAGUCUUUAUAUCAGUGAGAAAUGCAUGAUUAAAAGUACUUUUUUUUCAGACAAAAGGUGCUAAAAGUAAUCUAAAUUAAUGUUAGCACAAUAUGUUUUGGAUUGCAUUUUCCUUUAGGUCUAUGGCCUAUUCACACUGAAUGCAAGGAAAAAUGUGGGGUAAAAUAAUUAAAUAUUAGCACAUUCAUGAGCUUGGCAAAAGAAUAUUAUUUAUUAAAAUAAAAUAAUAUAUAUUAGUAAAAUAUAUAUAUUAGUGCUGGGCAAGUUAACACGUUAUCACGUUAACGCAUUAAUUGAUUAAUGCUGACAAUUAUUGUGUUGUGCAUUAACGCGUUUUAUUAUUAUGAAAGUCCGUUGCUCCCUGGCUCUGAAUACACAUACAGACAAAUAAUGGGUGCCAGGAGGGGAUGCUGCCGAUCAAAUUAUUUAGGCUAAGCUUCAACAUUCACAAACCACUGUCCACUGUUAUUUUUGACAGAAAAGAAUGCAACAAGCUCGUAAUUAUGACAUUAUAAGUUGGAAAUAGGAAGUUUCCAAUUGUACAUGAAGACAGCAGAGAAGCGCUCUCACUCAACAAAGUGGAGUGAAUCAUUUUCUUAACUUUGUGGUUUAUUAUUUUGAGUCAUACCUCACAAUAAAUUGCUUUACAGAUCUAUAGCUUUUGCCAUUCAGAAAUGUUCACGCAAUCAUGUAGUAUGUACCAUAUUUUGCGGACUAGAAGUCGUACUUUUUUUCAUAGUUUAGCUGGUCCUGCGACUUAUUCAUCAAAAUUAAAUUGACAUGAACCAAGAGAAAUGAACCAAGAGAAAACAUUACCGUCUACAGCCACGAGAGGGUGCUCUAUGCGGCUCAGUGCUCCUGUAGUCUACCCCUAAAAAACAUAGAGCGCCCUCUCGCGGCUGUAGACUGUAAUGUUUUCUCUUGGUUCUAAAUAUAUGCGACUUAUAGUCCAGUGCGACUUAUAUAUGUUUUUUUUUUCUCGUCAUGACGUAUUUUUGGACUGAUGCAACUUAUACUCAGGUGCGACUUAUAUUCCGAAAAAUACGGUAUCAGAAGAUCUGCACUCCGGCGCGGUUAGGGCUCACACUCACUGAUCUAUAUAUAACUGAACCACGCUCUUGCCCACCUCUUCCAACCGAGCCAGGGACUGCUGAGCGGAACGAUCACACUAUUUAAAACAAACCAGCUUACCCUAAUUAUUCUCGCGCAUCCCGCACACAUGAGUCUCUACCCGCACAUCAAGUGUUGUCCUGCAGGUCUCUAAUAAGAAGGUGUCUGUUAUAGUGUUAUUAUUUUAAUUAAAAUUUGUACAUUUAAUUAAAAUUUAUUAUCAAGGCUCUGGACUCUGAGCAUAACUUGUUUUCCUAUAACAAACUAUAAAAUAUUUUCUAUAAAAACGUUAAUGUCCUGGCAGUGCCAAAUAGUUUGUUUUAUAUUUAAUUUAAUUACAUUAAUAAGUUGAGAUAUAGGCUACAAUAAAUAUUUUAAAUGCUACUAUGUAAAAGGAACAUUGCUGUAAAAAGCACCUUAUUUGUGAUUGCAAACCAAAUGUGAUUAUACUUGUAAUAACACAAAUGUUAUUACACUUUUUAGGCCUGCUUUUAAAUGAAAAACUUAUUAACUACUUAAUAAAAGUAGUUAAACUUAUUAUAUUAACUACUUUUUAAUGCAUUAUUAGUUUUGUGCAUAACAAUGUGAUUGAUAAAAAUAUUUGUUUGUUAAAAAUAAUUGUUGCCCAGCACUAAUAUAUAUAUAUAUAUAUAUAUAUAUAUAUAUAUAUAUAUAUAUAUAGUAUAUGCACAUAUUUUAUUAGCAGACUUUCAAAGGAGACUGUGUUUAUGUCUGUAUUCCAAAGGGUUUACAAACUGGAAGUUCUUACAUUUUCAUGUUCAAAAAUGGUUGUGCAAUUCCAGUACAGAAGUUAAAAGACUUAAAUGCAACCAAUGUGCUGGACUGUAAAUAAAAAAAAAAAAGCAUGUAUGUCAUUGGUCAACCAGUUAUAUUUGCAGUAUAAAAAAAAAAAAAAAAAAGAAGUUUGCACUCGGUGUGAAUUUGUCUUUAGAAAGGUUGCUGCUUUUGUAAUACCAAGCUCCCUUAGUCUCAUUUCUUAUUACAAAAAACCACACACCCAGUUUUCAUGGGUUCGAAGAAUCAGAAAGUUACACUGUUUGAACUGGUACCUUUGCAUUAACUUACGUGAAGUUGUACCUUCAGCCCGUUUAUGUAAUUGGAACGGAAUUGUGGGAGCGUCUACUGUAUAUGAACUUUCGGAGCCAUGCAGCAUUGAUAGUUUCUUUAGGUUUCUUUGGAGUGUGGGGUCUGAAUGAUUAAAAACCAGUUGUGGGUGAGUCUACUCGGGCUUUUUGGAGCCCUGGAGCAUUGAUAGUUCCUUUCGAUUUCUUUGGAGUUUGGGGUCUGAAUGUUUGGAACCCGUGUAGGAAGUGUGGAAAAAUCCCAACAAGGGUUUCCAUACAGAGCGUGCGUGCCCACACGAUAUAAAUGGAGAUGGACUUUUGUGGAGUUUUGCCAAGUGUUGUGCCAAAGGAACAGGUGGGCUGUAAGGAAAAUGGAUGUCUUGAACCCAAAGAUGCUUUAUUAGGAUGCAAAUGGAGCGUCAGACAUCCACUGUAAUAGACUUCACCAUAUAACUCACGGUGCACCGGGCCACUUUACAGCACUGCAUUACCGUACUGCUGCUGGUUGACUAAAAGACAGUGAGACAAAGUGAUAUUGCCUGGUAAAAGUGAUUCAUAUGAAACACACUUGAUCUAUUACAUUACAGAGACUCUAACUGCCAUUGGGCAAUAAGGGCUGCCAUUCCUGUUCACACUUCUAAUCUAAACUCGUGCUCCAGUCAAAUCUGGAUUGACACCUCUGGAUUACACUUCUAAACAUGCAUAGAUGCUUCUGUAGAAGCCAACACGGUGCACAAGCAGUGCAAAAUGUCCAGAAAUGUUUUUGCAUUUUGCAUGCACAAUUUCAUCUGUUGUCUGAAUGUUGUCAUGUUUACAAUUCUCUAGGGCCCUGCAAAUGAAAUUCAGGCACAUGUAAAGUGAAGAGACCAGCUAUUGUUUUCUUUUAGUGGGAAAUAUGACCGUCUAACGCAGUACAGUGUCCUCGUUUGCUUUCUGUUUCUUAUUAAUUCUCAAAUGAACUUUUGAGUAUGAUUUUUAUUUUCUCCUUUUUACGGUCACCUUUUACGAGACUGGGAUUUGUUGCGAAUGCCAAAUGAUGACAUUCACAAAAAUCGGUACAUGAGAAACUGUAAAUUAAAUAACAAGAUUGUUGUAAUUAUGCCAAAUGCAAUAUCCUGUCCAUUGUACAUAAUGUGUUUUAACAGAAGAAGUGUAGCUUUAACAAAUUUACAGCUUUGAAUGUUUAAACAGCAAAUUAAGAUGAUUAAAUGUCAAAUAUUUAUGUAUUUUGUGAGCGUAGGGAAAUGAGGUCGAGAAAGCGCCUAACACAUUUGCAUUCGUAAUGAAUACUUGUCUAAUAAACAUUUCCAGCAAAGACA